AACUUGGUGAUGGUUGGUAUUGCGUCUUUACUGACUUUGGUCUUUGGGGGGCGGGGUGUCUCUUUCUUUCCUUAGUUUGAUGAAGAAUUUCUGGAAACUAAAGAACAGCUUCGGAAGCUGCAGGAAGAGGGGCGCCCCUGCUCUUGCAGCAGGUGCCCGUGGUGGAGAUGGACCCGGAGCGCGUGCAGACCCGAGCACCCUGCACUACAUCGCCGACAGGCACCACCUCUUCGGCAGGAACCUCGAGGAGAGAACCAUGAUCGACAUGUACGUGGAGGGGACGCUGGACCUGCUGGAGUCGCUCAUCGUGCGUCCGUUCCUGAAGCCGGCCGGCCAGCAGAAGGACCUGGUGGCCAAGGCGCACGAGGGCCACCGCGGCUACUUCCGCGUGUUCGAGUCGGUGUUAAGGGAGGGUCAGCACUUCCUUGCGGGAGAUCAGCUAAGCCUUGCAGGUGCGAUUCUACCUCCAAACCAUUCUGGCCCUGGAAGAGAGAAUUCCUGGCGUCCUGAGUUCAUUUCCUUACCUCCAGGAUUAUACAGUGAAAUGAACUGAGAUCCCUACAAUUAAGAGAUUCCUUGAGCCCGGAAGUAAGAAGCAGCCCCCGCCCGAUGAGGAAUAUGUGGGAACCGUCUACAACAUCUUCUUGCCCUAGAGCAGCCAGUUGUGCUGUCCGCG